UGUUUUUUUUUAAAAAAAUGUUGUGUCAAUAAUUAAAUCAUAAUGACGGGAUUUGAUUUAAUGCUUAUGGGCAUUUGUAUUAUUUCUAAUACGACGAAUUGUGAUCGAAAUCGUUCGCUUCUCAUUGAUGAAAAACGAUAUGAUUGGGAAAAUGAUAUGAAAGUAGUUGAUUUAUCAACUGCUACACAAAAGCCUAAAUCCAAAGAUGAAAAUUCGUUACCGGAAGUUAUGAAAAUUACGACACUUGAUAUGUCACCGUAUUCAUCAAUUUAUGAAUUAAAUGGAAAAACAAUGGGCAAUGUAACGUCUUACGCAUUUUAUAUAUUUGAUUUGAUAAGUAAAAAAUUUAAUAUUACAUAUGAAAUUGUAAUGCCAGAUCAAGAAAUAUUUGGAGACAACAAAACGGGUGUCAUUGGUUUGUUGCAUGAAAAGAAAGUCGACAUGGCAGUUGCAUUUUUACCAAUAAAUCCUCAUAUGUAUCCUUAUGUAUCGUACAGUCCAAUGUUAACACAAAUUGAAUUAAAAGCCAUGAUGAAAAGACCAGAUAUUUCAGCAAUUGGAUAUCGUUUAUUUACACCAUUUACAAAAUCGUACUUAUGGAAACAUUCAAAUACUGAUAAUUAUACAUUUUUACAAUGUGCAUGGUUUACUUAUGGUUCUAUAUUAAAACAAGGCUCAACAAUAAAUCCAAAAACAGAUUCAAAUCGUGUGUUAUUUGCAAGUUGGUGGAUAUUCGUAACAAUUAUAACAAUAAUUCAUGCUGCAAAUUUAACUGCGUUUUUCUGCAUACCAAAAUUAACAUUGUCAUAUCAUUCAAUUACUGAUAUUGUAAAUGACAAUCGAGAAUGGUCAUCAACAAGUGAACAUUAUAUUGAUUAUGCGGUGAAGCAGAUCGCGGCCCAAAAUACCAUGGCAACAUGUUGGAAAUUAAAGAACGGAAAAAUAUAUCUUGGUGAUGGUAAUCAUUUUCAGCAAAUGAUUAAAAAGGAUUAUCUAAAGAAUGUUAGAGAACAAAAGCCUCAAAAUGAACGAUGCAAAUAUGUCAUUAUGCCUGAAAUUAUUUAUAAACAGCCAGUUGCAUUUGCAUAUCCAAAAGAUUCUCUAUAUCAAGAAAAAUUUGAUAAACAAUUACGAAAUCUUGUGGAAUUUGGUAUAAUUAAACAUCUUGAACAAAGAAAAUUACCAUUAGUGCCUUACUGUCCAUUAAAAUUAAAUGAAAAUGUAAGUAAAUUAAGUAUGAAUAAUUUAUCAUUUCAGGUACAUUUUGAAUGA